GCAUCAAUGGAUUUACCACCCGACAAAGCAAAGCUUUUGAAGCAAUACGACAAUGAAAAGAAGUGGGAUAUCAUAUGUGAUCAAGAACGAGUUCAAGCUAAGGAUCCACCCUCACACUAUCUUGCCAAAUUAAGAACUUAUUUGGAUCCUAAAGCAUCUAGAAGUCAUCGAAAGAGAAAAAUGGUCGGUGAAUCAACGUCAACCCAAGUUCUUCGAGAUCUGGAGAUAUCACUAAGGACAAAUCAUAUCGAGUGGGUCAGAGAAUUUUUGGACGAAGAAAACCAAGGCCUGGAUGCGCUGAUAGAUUACUUGAGCUUCCGACUACUGAUGAUGCGACACGAGCAGCGAGCGAUGGAAAUCCGAACGGAGUCUGAGGAGAAAAUCCAAACAAGUGGUGUAAUUGAGACUGUGUCACUUAAUAAUGGCUGUCUACGGCCACCUCUACACGAGCUGAAAGACAGUCCAAGUGUUAAACGACGUUCGAGACAUGUAGCCAAACUUAACAUGGGUGAAGCUAAGGAUGACAUUCAUGUUUGUAUACUUUGUAUGCGUGCUAUUAUGAAUAACAAGUACGGCUUCAACAUGGUGAUCCAGCACAGGGAAGCUAUUAAUUGUAUAGCACUUAGCUUAAUCCACAAAAGUUUGAGAACAAAGGCCCUUGUACUAGAAUUACUAGCGGCUAUUUGUCUGGUUAAAGGCGGCCACGAGAUUAUUCUCUCGGCGUUUGAUAACUUCAAGGAAGUUUGCUUGGAGAAAAAGCGCUUCGAAACUCUGAUGGCGUACUUCACCCAGUACGACAAUUUUCACAUUGAGUUUAUGGUAGCGUGUAUGCAGUUUGUAAAUAUUGUCGUCCACUCGGUUGAAGAUAUGAAUUUUCGAGUCCACCUGCAGUACGAAUUUACCAAUCUUGGCCUCGAUGAGUAUCUGGAAAAAUUACGACACACUGAAAGUGAAGAUUUGCAGGUUCAAAUCUCAGCUUAUCUGGAUAAUGUAUUUGACGUAGCAGCUCUUAUGGAAGACAGCGAAACUAAAACGGCUGCUCUAGAAAAAGUUGCUGAACUAGAAGACGAACUUGGACAUGCCCACGACAGGAUGACAGAAUUGGAAAGAGAAUCAUUAUUAAAAUUGGCAGAACUAGAGACUGAACUGGGUGCGAUAAAAGUAGAAUACGUUGACGCUCUCGACGCUCGUCGAUUAGUAGAAGAAGAGCUGACGGCUCUUAAAAGACAAAAACAAGAUUCUGCGAGACGACAGAGCGUUCUCGAGAGCAAGAUAAUAGAGCUUGAAACCCUUACGGGGACACUUACCAAAGGCUCGACAGUUGCUAGUCUAUCUAAUGGAACCGCGGGGUUAUCAGCGGCCACGUCACCGACCUCCGAGAAUGUUGUUUCGUCGACAGUAUCAAUGUCUCCGACGGAAGAUGUUGUCAGGCCGGCACCAGUGGCGGCUCCGCCGCCACCCCCACCGCCUCCCUGCCCUCCGCCACCUCCCCCGCCGCCCAUGGUCCCCAUGGCGCCGGGUGAUAAUAAAAUUUCUUGCUCCUCUUUUAUUCCUCCUCCCCCCGCCGGCAUGAUGCAAGCUCCCGACGGUGCUAUGACUAUCAAACGAAAGGUACAAACGAAGUACAAAUUACCAACGCUCAAUUGGGUUGCUUUGAAACCUAAUCAAGUCCGCGGUACAAUUUUUAAUGAAUUGGACGACGAUCGACUGCACAAUUACAUCGAUUUUACGGACUUUGAAGAAAGAUUUAAAAUCGGUAUGAGCGGUCAUGUCGCAAAUGGUACUAAUGAAAUUGAUGGGCUACAAAGUUUCCCAAGUAAACGAUUUAAAAAACCGGAAAAUGUGUCUUUACUUGAACAUACUAGAUUACGAAAUAUUGCAAUAUCGAGAAGAAAAAUGGAAAUGCCAAUUGAAAAAGUAAUAACAGCAGUGAAUGCGUUAGAUUUAAAAAUUCUUUCUCUGGAAAAUGUUGAAUUAUUACAACGUAUGGUACCUACGGAACAAGAAAUAAAGGCUUACCGAGAGUAUAUAAUCGAGAAGAAAAAUGUAAAUUUAUUAACAGAAGAAGACAAAUUUUUGAUGCAACUAGGAAAAGUAGAGCGAAUAUCAACAAAGUUACAAAUAAUGAAUUACAUUGGAAAUUUUUUCGACAAUUUACAUUUAAUAACGCCUCAAGUACACGCUGUGAUAUCUGCUUCAAGUUCAGUAAAAUGUUCAAAAAAAUUAAGAGCAGUCCUGGAAAUAAUUCUAGCAUUUGGAAAUUACCUGAACAGCAGCAAGCGAGGUCCUGCAUACGGAUUCAAGCUUCAAAGUUUGGACACGUUGCUGGACACCAAGUCGACUGACAAGCGGAUGUGCUUGCUGCACUAUAUUGUGGCGACCAUAAGACUUAAAUUUACAGAGCUGAUAAAUUUCGAGUCCGAGCUGAUGUAUAUUGACAAGGCUGCUACUGUGUCGCUGGAAAAUAUAACGACUGACGUGCAUGAGUUGGAGAAAGGAAUGGAUCAGGUGCGCAAGGAAUUUGAAUUAAGGGGCAAGGAGAAGCAUAAUACAGUUUUAAGAGAUUUUUUGAAUAAUUCAGAGGAAAAAUUGAGACGAUUAAAAUCAGAUGCACGAAUUGCUGGUGAUGCAUUCCGUGAGUGUGUUGAAUUUUUCGGCGAAAGUCCAAGACAAGCUGAUGCCAACACAUUCUUUUCGUUGCUUGUUAGGUUUGCGAGAGCCUUUAAGGCAGCAGAUCAAGAAAAUGAACAGAGGCGCAGGUUAGAAGCAGCAGCCGCAGAAGCUCUCAGUACUUCUGAAGAAGUAACUAAGCGCAACAAAUUGAAUCAAAAGAAACAGCAGGAUGCUGUAAUAAAUGAAUUGAAAAAUAAAACACGUUUAGUACAUGAGAAAAAAUUGUUGCAACAAGAUGAAGUGUAUAAUGGUGCGCUAGAAGAUAUUUUACUUGGUCUAAGAUCAGAACCUUACCGUCGAGCUGAUGCAGUACGUCGUAGUCAACGUCGACGUAUUGAUAAUCAUAGAUUAUCGCGUACUGCUGAGGAACUUGAAUUUUAA